AUGAAUCGUAAUGUUGGAUUGAGCGUUCUACAAGCCUUGCAGGAGGCGGGGUGGUGUCAGCUGCUUCUCAACGCCAAAAAAUUGCUCAAAACGUGUCUCGGGUCCAACUACUUCGGCGAUAAUGGUCCUCAUGUCGGCAGGUUCCGGGAGAUCCUCGAGACGCGUCCAUAUAUGCGCGUUUUUCAAGCACAGGUACGCAUGUUCUUUGAGAGUGGAGACUACAAGUCCUCGGCUCAGACCAUCAUCGAGAUACUUCGUCUUGGUCCCAGAGACAAUAUGCGUCAGCGUAGUCAUCUUGGACCUAUUCUUUGUCGCCUUGAGCGCUACUCAGAUGCAUUGUACUUGGCCCGUCCCUGGAUGGAGGAUUUCAUUGUCGACCGUAAAGUCUACAUGCCUCCUUUCCGCGACGGAACAGUGUUCAAAGCCCCGGAACGCAGAUUGUUCUCUCCGGAAGUCGAGAAAAAUCUGGGUAACAGUCCGUGUUCCAUGACUUAUACCGCAGCAAGAGCUGCGUUUAAACUCUGGGGUGAUUGCGAGGAAUCACGCCAGUCUCUGAGGAUCGCGUCCAAAGGCAACCCUCACGUAAUUGUCAAGGUUCUCGGUAAGAUCAAACGCCCUAACGAUGUCUGGAAUUGGGCCAAUGAGCAUCCUGACGCCAAAGGAGCGACUUUCAAGAAAUGCGGAAAGCCCUAUUGUACACAGAAAGAAAGGCGUGCUGCGGAAUUCCAGCAAUGUUCGUCCUGUCAUCUGGUCUCGUACUGCGGUCAAGCAUGCCAGAAGGAUGAUUGGAAGAGACACAAACCUGAUACGUCUUCACGGUUUACGAUAUCGCAUUCUGAAACUCUAAACAACAUUUUCUUUAGAUUUACUGGGAAGAGCACGCUACAUAUAUCUCUGGUAGUAUAUCGGUUAGUACACGCGCCUGUCAUUGUGUUUAGCACAGAAGACGUUCGCGUGAAAGCUGGGUUCGACUCCCAGCCAGAGAGCAUCUGCGUUCAUUCUCUUGGACCAACUUUUAUUCUUUGA